AUGAACCCCGUUCACAGCGAGGCGGCCGCUGCUGAGAAGGCGCGGCGCAAGAAGGACAAGAGGGAGAAGAGGAAGAAGCACAAGGACGCCAAGGAGGACGACUGCGGCGCCGCGACGGCCGCGGAAGAAGCGCCGAAAGAGAAGAACCAGAAGCAGAGGAAGGAUGGAGACGAGGGGGAGGGGGAGGAGAAGAAGAAGCUGAAGCCGACGCUGGCCGGCCAGAUCGCUCGCGCCGCCACCGUCUUCCGCAUAGACGAGGUCGUCGUCUUUGACAGUACUCCCGCGACGGAGAACGGCGGCACGGGUGAUGGUGAAGAGAGCGGCGCGCGGUUCCUUGUUCGGAUUCUGGAGUAUCUGGAAACUCCACAGUACCUCCGCCGCCGCCUCUUCCCGAUGCACAAGAACCUGAAGUUUGUGGGAUUGCUUCCACCGCUCGAUGCACCACACCAUGUGCGCAAGCACGAAUGGUCUGAGUUUCGUGAAGGUGUAACAUUGGAAAGUGAUCCCUCAAAGGGGACUCUUGUUGAUGUCGGAUUAAGUAAGAAUGUUCUGGUUGAACAAACACUAGAACCAGGCAAAAGAGUAACUGUAGCCAUGGGAACAAACCGUGACCUAACAACAGCUUGCAUAAGGAAAGUUGUUCCCCCCUCCACACCUAGGGAACAGAUGGGAUCUUAUUGGGGCUACAAAGUUCGUUAUACUUCAAAUUUAAGUGGUGUUUUCAAAAAUUCCCCAUUCAAGGAAGAAUAUGACCAUAUCAUUGGCACCUCGGAGCAUGGACAAAUAGUUAAUUCUUCUGAGCUUACCUUGCCUACUUUUAGGCACCUACUCAUUGCAUUCGGUGGACUUGCUGGUUUGGAAGAAAGCAUUGAAGAAGAUACAAAUUUGAAGGGUAAACGUGCAGAUGAUGUAUUCACAUCUUAUUUGAAUACAUGCCCCAACCAAGGGAGCAGAACAAUAAGAACAGAGAAGUAG